AUGGACGACGACCUUGCGGAGCGCCCAGCUAAACGGGUUCGUCAAGCCUGUGAGCCCUGCAGGCGUAAGAAAGCCAAAUGCCCUGGAGAGCAACCGGUAUGCUCCUUGUGUGCUAGGUUGCGGCAGCAAUGCCUGUACGCUGAAGAGCGACGCCGCCCUCUCCCGGAGGAAAUCUCAAGACCAACCGACUCAGAAAGUCGGAGGUCUCUAGCUCUGGAAGACAGAUUGCGAAGUCUUGAAGGGAAACUAGGACAGGUUCUCACUGUUCUCGGCUCGAAGGGUGAAUCCCAAGAACCAACAGAGCCUAAUGUGCCAUUGGUGACUUUGUCAAUGCCGAGUUCAUCCAUCACGCUGCCACCAUGGGAAGACAUCAUCCCUGUGGCAGAAUUAUAUCUUCUUUACUGCGACUCUCAACCGCUUCCUCUCUUUCACCGAGACAGCUUCCUCGCAACUAUUCAGACGCGAGAAGCUGAGCUCCUUUUUGCUAUCUUGGCACUGGCCUCGCGGUUUUCAUACUCACAUAACAGUGGCAAUGACCCAGCGGGUCUGGUGAAUAGCUAUGCGGAGAUUGCUCGAGGGCUUGUCAUGAAAAGGGUAUCAGAGGGACCAGUGGAGCUUUCCACGCUCCAAUGUCUCUGUCUGUUAAGCUUGGUGGAUUUCACAAAUGGCCACACACAUCGCUCUAGUGUCCACAGCAGCCUGGCGAUGAACCUGGCACAAUCUGCCAAUCUUGGCCAAGAGCCUCGUUCACCCAUGAGCACUUUGGUUCGCGAAGAACGACGGCGAUGCUUUUGGAGCAUUUGCCUCCUCAAGCGGCUACAUGGUGGUGUUUUCUCCAUCUUGGAUAUACCCGAAGUCGGAGGGCCGCCAUUUCCUCAAAGUCCGGCCCGUCCAGCAUGUUACCUUUCCCCUGCUCCAUCAACGGCCGAAAUGCGAAGAAGCGACAUGGAAGACGAAGGAAUAAUUGCCUACGUGGUCACACUCAGUGAAGUGUUUGCGAGGUCAGCACGCUACGUCCGACUUCAUGGCCGCCCAAGCAAUGUCCCACCCUGGUCUCCUCAUUCCGAGUACUCCAAAAUUCUCGCUUUGCAAAUGGACCUCGAGACUCGUAUGCCAUACAUUCAUCGAUUCAAACCCGCAAACCUCGGCGAAAGAUCCCUCGAUGAAUUACAGGCUCAUCGUGAAUACUGGGGCCCGUGGUUCUUGAACCAAUUCAUGUAUCACACCAGUCUGUGUCUUCUCAACCACCCUCUCCUACUCUCACUAAGUCUUCGGAACUUCCGAAGUACCAUCCCGGAGAUCUUCCUACAGCACACUUCUGACUUGAUCUCAUCACACACAACCUGGAUAAUCCAUUUCAUCAACUACUUUGAAGAAAAAUCGUUCCUGGUCUCGGAUCCUUUACUGGGGUAUGGUGCUGCAGUGGUAGCUACUAUUGAGCUCCAGCUCAGCUUCACAGAGAAUCCGACAAUCAGAGAACAAAAGCGUGAGAGAUUCACCAAAUGCGUGCAGUUCGUACAGCAAAUAGGAGAGAAAUGGCCGCACAUGGCCCAGCUGGCACACAGGCUUCAGCGCCUUGAGGAUGCCGUCUCCGCAACGUACCAAUCAGAUCCAGGCGCGCAGAAUCAAAGUCUGCUUAUUGAUCUUUCACGGUUCUGGGAGAUCUUGGAGUACUCAUCCAAUAGUGAUAUGCAAUCUGCGCGGCGUUUGUUCGGAGAGUCCUUAUAUUCUGGAUCUUCUGCCGGUGCAGAGGUCUCUCAGACAUCUCCUCUACCGGCGCCCUUCCGGUUGUCUGCGCAAGAAGAAGGCACUCCGAAUUUUCCUACACACGCUUUCAACAACAAUACUGCUUUCCCGGGUCAGGAUUAUGGAUCAAACUCUUUGGUUUCGCCUCAGCAGCUCAAUUUGUCAAAUGAGGAAUUCUCCAUCCUUGCGACGAAUUUCUUCUCACAGGGACAGGAAUUCCUUCGCAGUGGGGACAAUUGGGAUAGUGUUGGGAAUUUUUGA